AUGAGCGCCAACAUCUCCAAGUGCCUCGUCAACUCCCCAGCGCCCGUCCACGUCACCACCGCUCAGCAGCCAAGCAACGUCUCCUCACUGUCCCAGAAGUCCUGUGACGUCUUCACGGUCCUCGCCUCGCAGCGUGCGGCAGACUCCGGGGGAGGAGUCCUCUCCUGCGUUGACGCCGCGGCGAGGAGAGCCCGCGGCGUCGGACCAGAACGCGCGCCUUGCCAGCCCCCCCGUUCGUCGCCCCGCCCGACACUCAAGGGCUCGGAGACGGGGGCGGCGGGCGGCCAGCGGGACGUGGAGCCCGAGCGACACAGGGCUGGGGCGGUGGGGGCCGGGGCCGGGCCCGCCGCAGCGAGUGCUGCGGCCGCCACUCCAGGGGAUCUUCAGAAGGACAGCGGAGCAGCGCCCGAGUCCGCCGAUCGCGAGCCCGGGCUGGGGAAAGGCUCUGGCUUCGAGGACGCAGACGUGUAUGUCAUCUAUCUCCCUGACUUGCUUGCCGCCAGGCUCAUUCGCCGGCGGCGCAAACUGUAUUCGCCGCACUCGCCUUGUUACGGCGGCGCACGAUCGGCUUCGCCGCUGUCGAGACGGUGCGACGCCGAUGCGCACUGCGAGCCCGGAUGCCGAGGGGAGUUCCGGCGGGCCUCGGGCGAGCCGGGCGUCAGGCCCGAAGGCAGCGAGGGCCGUUGGCUUCUCGAAGGCUGCAAGGCGGACGGCUUCGCUGAAGAGGAUGACGCUGACGAGGUGCUCGCCGCGUGCAAGUACCUUAUCGGAACAGGGCGACUGAAAGAGGUGCCGGAGUGGAGGCCGCAAGAAGUGCUUCAGGGCCAACUCCUGCACCUCGCGGCCGUCGUUCUGCCCACAGACGCCGUCGUCCGAGCUGGGCCCGUUGCUCUGGAAGAAUGGAUCCGCAAGUUCUCUUCUCUCUCAGCCACUGUCGACCUCGUCUCUGCCGAUGCCAAAGGCUCUAGCGGAAAGGCGGCAAAAAACAAGCCCUCCGCGCUCUCGUGCCAGUUCUGGGAGGCCCAGGCGUUCCCCAUCGACACUCAGGAGUCCGUGAGCGUCGAGAUCGUGCCGUUCACCUACGAGGAGCCCGCGGACGUCGACGCCGCGCCUGGAAAACCCCUCGAGGCGGGAAGACCUGCCGCACAGCGUCGGGGAUCCCCUUCGCGCGUGCAUGCCAAAGGGGCGUGUCACCUCUCUCCCAGUGCAUUUGCCACGUCGGCACACGCACGAGACAGGGACGGAGGGGAGCAGCGACAGCGACAACGAGAAGAAACAGACCCAGCGUCGACGGGAGGGGACGCCAGUUCGCUCUCGCGGAUCGAUACUGCCCUGCUCGGACGAGCUGACAUCUCCGAGGAUGUUCUUAGGCAAGUUGGCGCCGAGCGCCUCUGCUUCAUCGUGGACAUUCGCAUCCCCAUGACUGUGAAUCCGCAGUACCUGGGCAAGCCUCUUUCACUCGAACUGUCCUUCUCCGUCGUGCCUGUGGAUCCUUCGCCGCUCUCCCUCAUUGACUCGAUGCGCGAGUCGAUCCAAGUUCCCUUCAGCGCGUGGGCGGCAGCUCACGGUCUCACCGCCGCCUCGACGGUGGCGCUGCAGAGCGAGCUGGCGGCGCCGACGCUCGACCUGCUCAGUCUGCCGUUCUCCUCGGCGUUUACCGGCGCGCGCUUCGCGUGCAGCGGUCGAACGCAAGAAGGAACUGAGUCCUGGUGGGCGCCGCCCGUGGGGGCCGACGAGAAACCGAGCCGCGACGACGGGCUCGGCGACCGCGUCGGACGCUCCAUGGAGAUGCUUGUGCACUCCCUCGCGUCCCUAGCCGCCGGGGACCCCACAUCGAGAACGAAGCUGCAGAGAACCGCUGUGGAGCACCGCGUCCUCUGUCCGCUGAGCGUCCAUCGUCCUCUCCAAGUGACCACGGCCCUGAUGGAUUCCUUCAUGUAUGUUCAAAUUGAAAACAGCACAGACGACGUCCCGCUGACGAUUGAGAACGUCAUUCUCCGCAGCGUCAACUCGCAUGCCCAGGGAGAGCUGCCAGUCACCCUUCACGCCGGCGAGCAGUACAGCGUGCUCCUGCGUCUCGACGACUCCUUUCUCUCUCACCAAACGCCCAAGUGGGACCCUGCGCGCGACAGCCACGACGGGGGCGCGGGUCGGAGUCAGCGGACGAGCGGCCCUGGCGCCGGACGCCGAGACAGUCGCUACGGCCAGAGUGGCAAAACUGUCCUCCCGCUCUGUCUAAAAUGGCGCAUCGAAGACUCCUCCGGUCCCGCCGUCUGGUCGCAGUUCGGUGCGGAGUGUCAGCUGUCGACGCGCACGCCGCUGCACGUGACGCUGAGCUGCUUCGCCGAGCCGCCAGGCCUCCAAAACCUCGUGACGGCGGUGCUCUCCGUCGUGAACAACGAGAACUUUGACGUCGACCUCCUCGCGCUCCUACCGCGAGACGUCCAGUACCAGCAGCAAACGCAGCGGAUGUACAGCCACGCGGCGCCCAACGCGGUUCCAUCCGGAGACCGCGAGGCCCAGACCGCCGCCGACGAGCCGCCGGCGCUCAUUCCCCUCAGUUCGAAGAAGGAACUAGGUCGAAUCGCGCCGGGAGGGAGCCAGUCGGUGUAUUUGCAGUUUCUCGCGACUCGCAGCGGGCUGCAUCCGCUGCCUCCUAUUCUUCUGCUGGACCGAAGAAAUAAUAGGAAAAUUCUCGCCCGAGGCGGCCAAGUCGUGGUCGCGCAGUAA